AUGGGGUUUCGUGGGCGUGGCGAACGUAGACCUUAUAGAGGCAGAACUACUUCUGCUACUUCAUCAUCUCCUUCUACUGCUACAUCCAGCAAUGGCGACAUUCCCAUUAAUCUCUCUUUUGGUAACUUUGAGUUUGAGGACAUGAAGCGACUUGGCCGUCGUGGUGGUGGUGUACGUGAGAUAGCCACACUUCUCCGUCAUGCCCAGCGGCAGUCGGCGGCCCACUCCAACAUGUUGCGCAGUGUGGAGGGAUUGGAACAGCGAAAUGCCGAACUGCUCGAUACCGCCAUGCGACGGGCGGCAGGUGUGAAGGUGAAGGAUGAUCCCAAACGUCUGGCAAAGGCACUCGCAAAGCGACGUAAUAAAAAGCGAAGUUCUGCAAAGAAAUGGGCGGAAAGAAUGCAAAAGUUACAAAAGUCGGUGGAUAAUGUAGUAGAGGACCGUUCAGUGGCGCGACAGACGGCUAAAGCUCAACGAGAAAUGAAAAAAAAUAAGAAGAAGGAGAAACAGACGCCACAAAAAUCGGUAGAUAAACGUUCAGGUGGUGGUGGUGGUGGUAUGGCUACGAAGAAGGCCAAAAAGAGUAAUGAUAAGAAAGGGAAAGGUCGUGGUGGAAAAGACAAAGGUAAGGGAAAGACAAAGAAAUUUGGUGGGAAAAAGUAA